AUGGCAUACGCAAAAAUAAUUAAUUUUGAAUCAUUACCAUUAAUCAGUGAUAUAAAAAAUAACGAACAGUAUAAAAGCCUCAUUACCGAAUAUGAACGGAUAUUUGUUGAUUAUGUUAAAGAUAUUGUUGAAAAAGACAAAAAUACUGAGUCACGUAUCAAAUGUAUUAAACUGAACUAUAAGCUAGAUGAACUGAAAGAUAAAUUUAUAAAAGUUGUAAACUCUUUAUCCAGUGAAAAAGACGCGGAGGAAAAAUGGAAUAAUUUAGUUGAGAAUAUUAUGUUAAAAAGUUUGGGUACGAUGACAAAUAAUAGUUGUUUUAGAAGCACUAAAUAUCAAUAUAGUUCAGAAGUAAGGGAAUUAAGGGAAACUAUAGAAGUGCAUUGUGAAGAGAGGGAUAAGUUUUAUUAUGAAUUGAAGGAUAAAGAAAUGAAAGAAAAUGAUGUGUGUAAAGAAUUUAUUCCUUGGCUCAUGGAGAGAAUGGUUACCUAUGUAAAUGGUUAUUUAUGGAGAAAAUAUGUUACACAAAGAAAUAAAAUUGAUGAAUUUAUAAUCGAUGAAUGUAGUAUUGUUAAUAUGUUUGACAACAAAUUUGACUGCGCAGGUUAUUAUUCAGAAUUUCGUCAUCAUCUUCCCUAUAGUUUGAGAAGUAAGUACCCUCCAACUAAUAAAUUUAGUACCGGUCAAGAUUUCGAGAAAAUUAUUGGUACAGGUCAAAAUGGCGAGCCAGUUAAAGUAUUAAAUUCUCAAGUAGGUGAAAGUGUAGACCCAUUAAUUUCUAGUCCAGGUUUAGCUAAUAAAAGACAGACCUCAAUAUCACUUGAUAAAAACAGAACAUAUGAAAUUAAACUAGUUACAGAAGAUAAAAGUAAACCUAAAGCCCAAAUUGUUCAAGAUCCAAGUCAUGUACGUAAAGAUUCAAGUGUUCAUGCAACUCAACCCCAAACUGCAGAUAAUACACAAACUGUAUCUCCCCAAACUAUCCUUGGGCGCAGUGUGAGUUCAUCUGACCCAAUUCAAACUGUUUUUUUGGCACCGGAUCCUGCAGAUCAGGAUAAUUCGACCACAUUUCAGUUCCUGGUUAAGGGAAUACCACAACCUAUUGCAGUACCAUCAGCAGCAGCAGCUGCAGCUACAGCAACACCACCACCACCACCGCCACAACAACAACAACAACAACAACAUCCAGAACCAGUAGCAAGACCAUCAGUAGGCCAAGCACAAGCACAAGCACAAGCACAAGUACAAGUACAACAACAACAACAGCAACAACAACUACCACCACCACCACCACCAGCAUCCGUUUCCGCUAGCAGUAGCCAUGUUACUUCUGGUGCAGGACAUAUCAAUCCUAAAAAACUACAGGGUGCAGCUCCUGGAACACACGCUAAAGUUGUAAACCAACCAGUAAGCGUAAGUAGAAAUACUCAAUUGAGCGGACAAAAUAAUCGUGGCCCAAUAACUGGUAUAAAUAUUCAAGGAACACAACAAGUUGUAAUGGCAGAAGAUGCUUUUAAAAAGGUGUUCACAAAUGAAACUAACCUUUUAUGCCAUUUGUUCCCAUUAACGCAGUACACCUCCUUAGGAUCUCUGCUUGGAAUUAAAAGAAAGAAGAGAUACUCGAAAAUAAUACACAAAAUAGCGGUAAAGCCUGCCCAUGACAAAGAAAAAAAAAAGGAUAUAUCAUAUGAUAGUUUGGACGUACCAGUGCGAGACAUAGAAUAUGAAUACUUAAUACGUAACCGUGACAUCCUAAAAGGGUUACAAACGCCAAAGAAAAAAAAAAGUGGCUCAAAAACGAUUGUAGAGAUACAUAUGGAAGUGCUAGAGGAAUGCAAAAGGGAAGAGUGGGAAUUGAUCAGGGAAGAUUUUCUCGAAAUAGUCCUCCAAGAAUUUAUGAAAAAUGAAAGUGACACGUGUGAAAGUACCUCAAGUAACGAUUUGAUCGGGGCAGAUUCACACAAUAGCGAUGAGAUGUACAUACAAAAGCAUCUGUGGCAUAGUUGGGAAGAUGAACAUAAGCACAUCUUCGAUAAGUUGAAAGAGAAAACGUGGUUCCAUAGUUUAAAGAAGGAAUGGAAAAGGGAACAAGAAGGUCUCCAAGAAAAUGAGCUAUCAGAAUGCGACCAACUAAACGGGGAACAAUAUGUUCCCUUCAUAGAAAGGCAAAAAUGUGUAUGGGCAAAGUGGGUUUCAAAACAACGCAUACGCAUGGAGCAGUACGCCGAAGUGGGAUGGUUUGACAAACUGAUAGAGCAGUACCAAAAGGAGACAAACCAUUACGUAGAAAAAGCGACCAACAACACAUCAGCACCAAAAGUGAAUAAAACAAAACAUGAGGCGGAUAACCACGAAUCGUGCGUACUUACAAAAAAGGAACUAAUAACAAAAGUGUGGAUGCUCAUACUCAUGAUGGUUCUGGAUGAAUGCAAAGAGGAAGAUGAUCUGCAAAAUAGGGAGUUGUACUUGGAUGACCACAUAGGAAAAUGUUUGAAGAAAGAAAAUGAGGAAACGUCCCAAGACAUAUCAGAUUUGGACAGAAACUUUUUCGAAAGACCAAAAAAAAAAGAAACUGAUGAGUACAAAGCAGAAAUGUUUAAAAAUCUCAUAGAAGAAGCGAUACACAACAAAUUACACAAAAACGAUCAGCGUGAUGAUAAUGACGUAGAGGAGGAAGACCCCAUGGAGAAAUACAACACGGAUACAUACAUGUUACACCUGAAUGAUGAUCAUACGAAUUCGUUAAAUGGCGAAGAUGAGGAAAGUUUCCUAAAUGGGGAGUAUAUAAACCCUGAGGGGAAUUACCAUGCUGGAAGUGAAGGGGACACCUCCUUGCCAAGCGAACAAGACCAAUUAGGGGAAAUCUUUAACGAAUUAAAAAGCGAAUCAAAUGAACUGCAGAGCGAUAACGGAAUGGGGAAAACACAUCAAAUGGAAGUGACAGAUUCAGACUCAUCAUCUGAUGAAGAUGUAGAGGGCAAAAAAUAUUUCAUCUACAGUUCUAUGCCCAAUUCACCCGAAAAGGGAGGAGAUGAAACUUAUGCAACAUACAACGGGUAA